AUGUGGCCGUCAGGCGAGCCCUGGCCUCUACAAUCUAGUUCACAACCCAAGAAGAGGAAUUUUGGAGGUCGGAGUCUUAAUUUGGCUGCACAGCAAAAAACAACGAUCUCUGUAAAAGAAAGGGGUCUUUUGCGUCUCUAUUAUGAGAAAAUUUUUCAAAAUCUGCAACAAACGAACUGCCGAAUUAUCGCCAAAGCCUACAUCAAAUUAGUUGAACCGCGCAAGCAAGUCAACUACCCAUACAAUGGACGGAAGAUUGUGGAUGGGAGGACUCAACAGCUUGAUCCGGAGGCAACUAAACCACCGUGGUGGCCACGUGGAGUGAGCCAUAGAGAACCAGAUCAUCUUCCAAAAGUUGAACGCAUUCGACUUUUGGUAUACAUCCUCUGCGAGAUGCGCAAAACCCACGGAAUCACAACCGCCAGAUUAAAACAAUGCGAUCAGCCCAUUCGUCGUCAAAUCCUCCCGGUCGAACGUUUACAAAUCUUGGACGAGGCAUAUCGAGUUCGCGAGGAGGAGGAAAGAUUCCUAGAUGGGCUUUCAGACGGAAAAAACGUCUGCAUAUCUCGCACCAAUCUCCCUCAAAUAGCAGAAGACUCAUCCAGCGGACAAAGCUCGCCAACCGAACCAGCCCCUUCCCAUAAUACCGUCGACGCCGAAUGCAGCGACGGAAUAUCCCACAUCGAUAUAACCCAAGUCACCUCCGGAGACCUGUCAAGUGCCUCAUCUUACAAUUCUUCCAACCCCUAUAACCAAACAAUGCACUUGGGUCCAAACAUGCAAUACCAGUCCGUCGGCCAUACAACCGUGUCAACAUCACCAUUGGAACUGAGGCCAAAGCAUGAACCACUAUCUGCCGGGGCACAUUUGAUUGAUCGGACUCGUCCAAUCACCCCGGCGCACUAUCAAUACCCCGGCGUUUCGGGCAUUCAACCUACACCGAUGGAGUUCUAUGGCACGCAUGAUUUGUCCCAGGAUCCAAAUGUUCCGAUCACUCAGACUUCGACAGGGAGCUUGCCAACAGAGCCAAUGAUGCCGUACGGACACCCCUACUAUUUCAACUACUGA